GACGUACGCAUCGCUGCCCCGCCCCUGCCCUUGCGGCGGUGGAAAGAUGGCGGAAUUGGACAUUGGGCAGCACUGCCAGGUGCAGCACUGCCGGCAGCGAGAUUUCCUUCCAUUUGUAUGUGACGGUUGUUCAGGAAUAUUUUGCCUCGAACACAGGAGCAAGGACUCUCAUGGUUGCCCUGAGGCAAAUGUGAUCAAGGAGAGACUGAAGACAGAUGAACACAAAUCUUACCCAUGCUCCUUCAAGGGCUGUGCUGAGGUAGAGCUUGUGGCAGUGAUCUGUCCUUACUGUGAGAAGAACUUCUGCCUAAGACACCGUCAUCAGUCGGAUCAUGAGUGUGAAAAGCUGGAGAUCCCAAAGCCUCGAAUGGCUGCCACACAGAAACUUGUCAGAGACAUUGUUGAUGCCAAGGCAGGAGGAGCAGCCAGUAAGGGACGGAAAGGUGCGAAAAGCAGCGGAACAGCCGCAAAGGUGGCGCUGAUGAAGCUGAAGAUGCACGCUGACGGGGAUAAGUCCCUGCCGCAGACAGAAAGAACGUACUUCCAGGUAUACUUACCAAAGGGGAGCCAAGAGAAAAGCAAAGCCAUGUUCUUCUGCCUACGGUGGAGCAUCGGGAAGGUCGUGGACGUCGCAGCGUCUCUAGCUGGUCUCAGGAAUGAAAACAACAAGCUAACAGCAAAGAAGCUGAGGCUGUGCCACGUCCCUUUAGGAGAAGCCUUGCCUUUGGAUCACACAUUGGAAAGGUGGAUCACGAAGGAGGAAUGCCCUUUAUAUAAUGGAGGGAACGUUAUUUUGGAAUAUCUUAACGAGGAAGAGCAGUUUGUAAAAGAUGUUGACUCUUACUUGGAAUAGUCAUUCAAGGACUCAAGCCAGACUUUAUAAGCAGAAAUCAUUCUAAGUAGAUAGUCAGUUUCUUUUACUACAGAUACUUUUUUAAAACUCCAAAAGUUGCUGACUUAAAAUUUAUUUCCAUUAAGUCAUAAUUUACACCAUUAGUUUUCUCCUAAAUUCCGUGUUCUGUGUUUUAGAGUUAUGUGCUGAUAGUUACUCGCAGAGUGUUUUUAUUAGCUGCUCCUGGGUUAGGCUGCAGAAACAUUAACAAGCCUGUCUUUCCUGUUACACUAACAGCCACUCACUGGCCAUUGUGUCACGCUCUGCACAUCUUCUCUCCCAGGCCCUGCUCAUUCUACGCUCACCAUUCUGUGAUUUUCCCAUUCCGAAGCAGAGAAAGAUGUGGAUGGCAGACUCUUUGGUGGGGUCUUACAAGUGGUACUUGCCAUCAUUGUUGAAAGCACCUUCUAUGAUUAAGCCUAAUAUUAUGGGGUCAGAAUACAUAGCCUUACAGUAUACCUAAAUCAUGACGUAUGGAUUGCAGAGUCUUGCAGAUCCUCUCAUUCAGUCUUCCAGGCAUUUGGGUAAGAAACCACAAGUUACUUUCUUGGUAUCAUGUAAUUGCACUGGAUAUGUUUCUGGUAAGGAAUUUUUCUACAGUAGGAUUCAUCUUUUUAUUGGUAUGAAUGAAUUACAGAUGAGAAGACAUUGACUUUGUUACAGUCUUGCUCUCUGUACCAAAGCAAGACAAUUAUUGCAUUUUAUCUAUACAUUGAAAUAAAACCUCUUGGGGAAUGCUUUCUGUCUACA